AUGAAGUACCUUACUCCCUGGGACCACCAGAAGACAGAGUAUGACCCCCUAGCAACAACACGAGCAAGCGCAGAAGAUCACUGACUGCGUCAGACUGGGGAAUAAAAAGUGGGAGGGGAUUGUGGGGAAAUGAAACACCAAACUGUAUAAAAAGAGGAAGAAGAGACUUUCCGGUGCGCGCCGUUGGUGGAGCAGAGACUCCCCGGCCGCCCAGCGCUGUUUUGCUUACUGCCGCUUGCUUUAAUAAACUAAUUUGGCUUAAUUGGCCCUGGCUCUGACCAGUUAUUAUCGCCAACAUAUUACAAAUUUGGUGCCGUGACUCGGAUCAGGGUGACCCGGUGGGAGGCUCUCCCUCGGGGAGGCGCCCCGCAACUUUGCGGCCCCGUUUGGGAGCUGCCCUCUGGGACCUUGACCGACGAACCUUGAAAUCGACAGUAAGCAAAAGAAAGCCGGCAACCCCGUAAUCUUUGUGCACGAAGCCCCGGACGAAGACGCAGGAGUGCAAACAGCUUUGAGAACUGCUGAAAAGGGAUGGACUCACGCUAGUUGAGUGAAAGGACCCAUUUCAGUGGAAGCCGAGAAGCUCUGGAAAGUCACUAGCAUGCCUAGAGAUCUGAAAGUCACCCUUAAGAGAUAAGGACUUGAGACCAGACUCAAGAAAAUUGUUACUAAUGAACUCUGUGCAAUUAAUCCAGGAGACCGGGAUUGGCGAGUUGGCUAGAUUUGGUUACGCUAUUGCUGCUGAUUUUAGGGUUUAUUGUGGGAUUCAAGAUUGUAAUUGUUACCCCUUUGUAUGCUUUGUUUGUAAGGUUUGCCAAGAACGGUGGUGGACUCGUUAUAGAGGCAGAUCGCUGAAGGGAAUUUGUAAGGAGUGCUAUCGAAUAGAGAGAAAAAUUAAUAGGGCAACUUUGAAAAUAGAGGAAAUAACUGGAAAAAUACUGAGACAAUCCCGCAAAUGGUGGGAAGUAUUUACUAAAGGGGCUAAUCCUGAAAAUUAUCGUUACCAUUCCAACAAACCAGCCCCAUUGAUAGUCCAAAUUGCAAAGGGGUGUUGCCCAAAGGUCCUAAGUUAGAUCUGGUGGAUCCGGUGUGACUCACAAGUAAAAGACAAGAAUUGGGAAUCAUACAAGAAUAGAAAGGGGCGCACUGAUAAACCUCCCAGAGAUUACCUCUGCUGCCGAGAAGAUGGAACACCUCGCGGCUUGCAGCAACCAAGUCGGCGGGCGAGGCAGAGAGGUAAGAAGGUGUGGAGGCAAGGCCCCACCGAGUGGGACAACGCCGAGGCGUUGUGAGAAAUGCCCCAGGAUUACUGAUUCCCUGAGAGAGCCCGGGCAAGACACCAAGAAGGGACUCAAAGGCAAACACCUGGAAAUAAGGGAAAGAUUCAAAAUAAAGAGGAUAAUAAGAGGACUGAGACCCCACCCUUUCUGGCAGACUAUUUUAGUGAUUUUGGGAAUGCUUUGCAAUCUGUUGGAAGGGGAAUAUACUCACCAACCCUUUAAAUGGUCUUUGAUUAGAUGGAGUGAUCAAAAGAUUUUACAAUCAGUAAGUGUAGCCGGGUCCCCAGCCUUCCAGGCGUAUUUAUGCGAUUUGGCACCCACCUACCCUUGUUUAAAGAAGCCGGGUUUUUACAUGUGUCCAGCAUCGAACCCAGGAAAGAGUUACUGCAAUUGGCCUGGACAUUAUUACUGUGCCUAUUGGGGAUGUGAAACUAUUGCAUACGGAUUCACACCAGGAGGGGGAUCAGACAAAUAUCUAAGAGUAGGAUGGGGACCGGAAGGAUGUCAGCCCCCUGAGAUAGGCUCAGAUACAGGAAUAAGUCACCCUGGGAAUUGUGAGUACUUAUACCUAAACGUGACACAACCCCAUGAUGGUGGAUGGCUGAUUGGAAGAAUAUGGGGAUUAAGGUAUUGGGAGACAGGAACUGACAGGGGAGGACUAAUUGUUAUUAAAAAAGAACCUCUGCCCAGUGACUAUCAGGUUGUGGGCCCGAACUCAGUAAUUGGCAAAGACGAACUGCCUGAGGUACACAAUAUUAUAAGGGAAUCAAUGGCUAAGUUGAGAGAAGGACUAGAACGAAGAAAGAAAGAGAGAGAAGCACAACAAAGCUGGUUUGACAAUUCCCCCUGGCUCACCACCUUGUUAUCAACUAUAGCAGGACCAGUAAUCUUCCUGGUAUUAGGAUUAAUAUUUGGCCCUUAUAUUUUUAAUAAAAUCGUAGAAACUGUGAAAGGAAGGUUAUAAGCAGCACAUCUAAUGCUUAUCCGGGCCAAAUACGAACAAAUAUCUGAGGGCCCAGAAGUAAUUGAAACCCUUGCCCUAAGCCGUAGAGAAUUAGAACAUUUUAAUGAACAAAAUGGUAAAAGAGAAAAGGAGGGAUUGUGAUAUGCUAUAGGCACUUUGUUCAUUAAAAGUCCUAAUAAGAUUAAAAGAAAGUAACAAGGACUCAAGUGAGAGGGGACUGUGAUUGACUCAGUAAGCAUUGCAUGCACAAAACACAGCUAACCUCAGCAGUUGCUUAGCCGGUUUCAAGAAUUCUCUCCUAGGUCAAAGAAGACCGACGAAGAAGAUGAAGUGCCUUCCUCCCUGGGACCACCAGAAGACAGAGUACAACCCCCUAGCAACAACACAAGCAAACGCAGAAGAUCACUGACUGCGUCAGACUGGGGAAUAAAAAGUGGGAGGGGAUUGUGGGGAAAUGAAACACCAAACUGUAUAAAAAGAGGAAGAAGAGACUUUCCGGUGUGCGCCGUUGGUGGAGCGGAGGCUCCCCGGCCGCCCAGCGCUGUUUUGCUUACUGCCGCUUGCUUUAAUAAACUAAUUUGGCUUAAUUGGCCCUG